GCGUCGCGUUCUGAAUUAUUCGAUUUGCUUGGUUUCCACCCAUCUACAAGAGUAUAAAAUCAAAGAGUACUGAUCAACUGUAUUAAUAAGCAUUCAAAUAUGUGCUUAUGAUACAUUUUGGUACGUAAAUUUUCCGCUAACUGAUGGUAUCUCACAUCACAUCAUAGCAUUGUUUGCAGUGCAACCUUUUUCAAUUAGAUAAAUUUAAAUGAAUAUAUUCAAAAUGUUAUAUUUAAACAUUUCUUCAUUUGCUUGUAUAGCAGAUACACCUCUCAACAUUAUUUAUUAUAGUUUAGCGAAUGAAAGUACUAAAUAAUAGGUUCAUGUGAACUAGGCCCAAAUCUUGUAUAGUAUCAAUAUUAAGACCUGUCGGUUCUGCUAGUGUUCGCGGGAAAUCGAUUUGGCUGUACCGCAACAUUCCUGCGCAUCGACAUACUUUCAAACUGCUCCAUGCUACCUCUACAGAUAUUCCAAUAUUAUACCUGCGUUUAGCUGCUUCAUUUCGAAAGCAACCGUCAGUGAGUGAAGAAGGGAAAAUUUCCAGCACGUGUUUCAAGUGAACUAUAUUCAAUAAUCCUACUUCUUCAUUCAUAUAUAGAGAUUCAACCAUAAUUUUCCUGAAAAAUAGGUUUCUCUUUACUCCUAUUUGAAACAGUUCCCUUGAGAAGUUCGCGUCAAUACUUUUUUGCAAAACUGUGCGUUGUGUCGCUUGUGCAUUCUACCAGUAAUUAGUGUUAUUAGGAAGAAGUUGUUCUAACUAAGUUCCGUUCAAUGUUUUUCAGUUGUAGCGACUAUUGUUAUGUUGAGCUCAAACAAUUUAAGCAACCAGAUAAUAAGAGAUUGGAAUAAUAACUCAACUGUUGACGUAUAAUACUUUAUUUACUUUAUUUUAUUUUCAAUUGCCGAGAUAAAUGUAUCAUAUUCAUCAAACAUACUAUUACAAACCUUAGCAGACAGGCGUAAAGUUGUCAGAUACCACCAACGAUGGCAUAUGAAGUGCAACCUUGGAGUUCGACGACACAUGCAACGCACAACAUGGAGCAGAUAUCCGGUCCACCAGCCAAGACUGGUACAUUAUUUUAUCAGACUCCACGGUCGCAUCCUUGGCGACCGACGAUGGGUUAUGAAGCAGUUGAAGUAACUCCUUUGCAUGAGCAGCCUAUUACAAAUCAACUUGUCGCUUCUUCAUACUCGCCAUCGAUUAUGUGCAGCGAUCCAGUAACGUUUCCGAAUUUAGUUACUGGCUUCGAACGUAAUCCACAACAUGCUGCCCGCUCCGCCCUGUACACGCGAUAUACUCCAAACGAAUGGACCACAUCAAACGUAUCAACAUACGCUGAUGCAGAUAAAAAUCGAAAUUAUUCAGAAAAAGUUCGAUCAGAAGCAGUUCGCUUAAUGCGCGAAACAGACGAAAAAACUUCGCAAGGACAAAGAGACGCUGCUCGACGUCUUGGAGAGCGCAUAACUGACAUAACUUUCUGGCGCAACGAAUUGACAACAGAGCUGGAAAAACUUAUUGCUGAGUCCGCACAAUUGACUGACACCAAAAGAAAUGUACAAAAGUCUUUACAGGAUUUGGAACCGCCUCUGCACAUUGCACAAGAAUGUUUAUACCACCGUGAAUCGCGCAAAGGAAUCGAGUUGGUACAUGAUCACGUGGAAAAAAGUCUGCUUGUUGAGGUAGACAACUUGCGCUCUUGCCAGGAAAAGUUGUCACAGUUGUUAGCAAAAAUUACUAGACAACUAGCUGAUUGUAGAGCUGCACAGCAUUCCUUGGAGGAUGACAUAAGUCAUAAAGAGUCCGCUUUGGGCAUCGACUCCAUCUGCCAUCAGCUAAACAACUAUAGUCGAGGUAUCAAUUAUUAUGGAGGUAUCGAGAAGUAUGAUCCCACCGUUAGCACCCCGGGUACUUGGUCUGGUUCGAGCAGCACAAGAAUCAAUAAUUCGCAUUCGGAAAGAUCGAAAUCCUGCCAACUUCGCAGCGAUGCAGAAUCACUUAUCAACGCAGUGGCAACAUCGGUGUGGGAUUGCUGGAGCAAUACUAAUAAUGCUUUUAAUAAUCGCGCCUCCGAGAUGUUAGAGGCCAAAAGCAAAAUGCAGCUACAUUUACACAAAACGCAGCAAGAAAUUUUCGAUGUUGAAAAGCACAUUGAAUUGUUGCGCAAGGCAAUUAAUGACAAAUCCAAUCCAAUGAAAGUGGCUCAUACGCGCCUUGAAGCAAGGGCGCAUCGUCCAGGAAUAGAGAUGUGUCGUGACAAUGCUCAUUUACGGCUCGUGGAGGAAGUAUGCACAAUCCAAGACUCGAUUGCUACGCUUCAUCGAAAGCUUCAGGAGGCAGAAGCACAACAUCAGCAGUUGCUGCGAACCAAAUCUCAACUAGAGAGUAAUCUGAAACAGAAAGUGGAUGCGUUAUUCAUUGACCGUGAGAAGUGCAUGGGGCUGCGACGUUCUUUUCCAGUCAACAACACCAUUAAAUACUAA